AUGGCGGAGCGGACGCGUGGAAAUCAUGGAUUUAGCGGCCGCGGCGGCGGACGUGGCGGUGGACGUGGCGGCGCGCGCGGCACGGCCCCCCAGGAAAAAAGCAAAAAAGAAGCGAUCCUGAACUUGGAAAAAUAUGUCGACGCGCAAGUCCGCGUCAAGUUUGCCGGGGGGCGUGAGGUUAUUGGGGUCUUGAAGGGGUACGACCAGCUCAUGAACCUCGUGAUGGACGAGGUGGAGGAGACGCUCUUUGACGAGUCUGGCAAUGCCACCACGCGGCGUCCGCUGGGCCUCGCGGUGCUGCGCGGGACCGCACUGAUCCUCAUCAGUCCUAUGGAUGGGAUGGAUAUGAUUGAAAAGUACGCUGCGGCACCAUACUAA